UCUAGGUGGUUGGUUCUAGCUAUUGCCAUGGUACGUUUUUAUAUGGAAAAAGGAACACACAAAGGUUUAUAUAAAAGUAUUCAGAAGACGCUUAAAUUUUUCCAGACAUUUGCCUUGCUUGAGAUAGUCCACUGUUUAAUUGGAAUUGUACCUACUUCUGUGAUUGUGGCUGGGGUCCAAGUGAGUUCAAGAAUCUUUAUGGUGUGGCUCAUUACUCACAGUAUAAAACCGAUCCAGAAUGAGGAGAGCGUGGUGCUUUUUCUGGUCGCGUGGACUGUGACAGAGAUCACUCGCUAUUCCUUCUACACAUUCAGUCUUCUCGACCACUUGCCAUACUUCAUUAAAUGGGCCAGAUACAAUUUUUUUAUCAUCUUAUACCCUGUUGGAGUUGCUGGUGAACUUCUUACAAUAUAUGCUGCCUUACCCUACGUGAAGAAGACAGGAAUGUUUUCAAUAAGACUUCCUAAUAAAUACAAUGUCUCUUUUGACUACUAUUAUUUUCUUCUUAUAACCAUGGCCUCAUAUAUACCACUGUUUCCACAACUUUAUUUUCACAUGUUACGCCAAAGAAGAAAGGUGCUUCAUGGAGAGGUGAUUGUAGAAAAGGAUGAUUAA